AGAUGUGAAAAUAAGGAAAGCUCAAAGCGAGAAAAAAAAAAAAGAAAAAUGGGCGAUUAUGGGAGAAACUGUAAACGAAAUUCAGCAGCUUCAGAAAUGGAGGAGGUUUCAAGUGCUAGCGUAUCAUUGUCUAAGAGAAGCAAGAUAUUCAAGGAGUUCGAAUCACCUUCGCCGGGGAUUGAGCUGGAAAUUCCUCCUUUGUUCUCGCAUUUUCUGGAGAAGCCGGUUUCACCGGCGACGUCGUCGAAUUCCGGCGGAGUCGUUGUCGGCGAGGUUAGUUCCAGCAUCUGUUGGGAUGAGUCCCUGGUGUCUCGCUGCUUUAGCAACGAGUCUUGUGAAAUCGUAAAGGAGAGCCUGACGUUCGUAGAUCUGGAGGCCAAGAGUUUCGAAACUGAAAUUUCAACGUGCAACAACAGCAGCAACAAAUUCAGUAAGGAAACCACUCCGUUGAGCCAGCUUCGAGGUGAUUUCGAAGAAAUGGACUCGACAAUGAAGAAAUCAUCACCGGCUGUGGCUAGUAAUCAGCCGAGAAAUUCACAUGCAGUGGCGAAGAUGCCUUCACAGGUGGAGAUCGAUGAGUUCUUCUCGGUCGCCGAGAAGGACGAACAGAAACGAUUCACAAAGAAGUACAACUAUGACAUUGUCAAGGACGUGCCACUUGAGGGUCGGUACCAGUGGGUUCGUUUAAAGCCCUGAAUGAAUGCAGAAAGAGAAAUAUCAGAGCAAAACGAAAUCCCGUAAAUUUGGGUCAGUAUUCCUUGUAUUUUUGUACAGUUUUACUCCACCUGAUGUUAGAAGAAGCUCCUGUUUUUUAGGUGAUACCACAUUCAGAAAAAGGCUUCUGCCGCAUCCUAGACGGCUUGACCAAUUUGGAGCAAGAAAAAUUCCCACUCAAUUAAUUUUUCUUCUCCUCUUAUUUGUACAAUCAAUCAUUCAUGUUUUUAACUCGUCUUCUGUCGAAUUUGGCUCUUCAAGCAAAGCAAUAAUGGUAUUUGGUUUUA